AUACCCUGACAUCCAAAAACAGUUAACAAAUUAGUUAACAAAAUUCUCCUGAAGGAAUCGUCUCCUUUCAGCCAAUGUUGCGGUUUCACACUUUAACCGGGCGAGUACUGGAACAAAAGCGUAAGUCAACCAUAAAUGCAAUGCGAGACGAAAAACUGUUCCGUCUGCACAACUUAAUUCGACAAACACUGGACCAGGCGCGUAGACCGACCAUAAACGAAUGGCAUGAGCUGCGUGAGAAACUAUUGCUGAAUUGGCCGCGAAACGGGCAACACAAGUCCGUGAUCGACAAACUUGUUGUGGACAAUUGUUUUCCCGACAAGUUGGACAGUGGCAAGUCCUACGUUGACUAUUUGAAAGCGUCCAAACAGAAGCUGCCCAAAAGUAUUUGGAUUAGCGCGCUGGGACUGUAUUACAAUGCAAGCAAAUGUGGAAUUAGGAUGACCGCUAACCAUCAACGAGACAUUAUCGAAAUGUGCCAAUACCUUCAUGGAACGCACACACACUUUUGCCCGAAUUUAGGCGUUGCAAUUAUUCGGGGUCUCGUGUUGACUGCCGAUUGGCGUAAAUCGCUAGACAUCAUAGACUCACUGAGAACAUCAAGUCAAUUGCAGACGGUCUACAGUGCCAUUGUUCAACGAGCCAUUCAAGAGCAGGACGAACAUCUUGUGUGGGAAAUGUUUGACAAAAUUGCUGCCAAACGGAUCUGCCUUCACGACGAAGUGCUCACACUGUAUAUUGGCCAGUGUGAGAGGAAUGCAAGCACAUUCAAAGAAAAUAUCGACAGAAUGCUGGCAGCGAUCGGGGCCAAUCGAAUACUGGUGACAGCCGAAGUGGCUAAUGAAUUUCAGCGCGCCUUUCGCAGAUUUAACUACAGUUGCACCGUCACUACUGUCAGCGAACGGGGAGAAUGUCAUUCGUGCGGAAAGCAUCUUCGUGGCGGUGUUAAGCUAACAGACGACGAAUUCGACAGUCUACGGAGCCACUUUUGGCACAACAUUUCUGCGAAAUCAACGCCGAAGGAAAUGGACUCGUUUAAGCCAUUUAUCGACGGAACAAGGACGUACGACAUCGUUAUUGAUGGAUUGAAUGUGAGGACAACCAGAUGCAGACCUGUGGAACCUGAAGCUGCCUCUGUGUACGAAAUACACUUGUCUCAGCUCACCAAUGUCGUCAAAUAUUUUGCUGAUCGAAAGAAGAAGGUGCUGGUCAUUGGACGGGAACACAUGAAUGAAUGGUCGAAGACUCAAAUGGAUUACAUUGGCGAACAUGCGGACCUAUUUCUAGCCGAAAAUUCAUCCGAAGACGAUGAAUUUUUGAUAUAUUCGGCGCUGAAAAGCGGUCCCAACACAAACAUUGUAACCCGCGAUGCGUUGCAAAAUCAUGCCCACAAAUUGGAUGAGAAAUUGCGAACAGUGUUCCGACGAUGGCAACAACAGCAUCAGUACAGUGUCAAACUCGGCGACGAUCCCCGGAUCGUGGAGUUUGAUGAGCGUAUCGAAUUCGACAUGAAUGCACAGCAAACAGAUGAUGGUUGCUGGCAUAUUCCGUUCGUGAACGGUCCCCGGUUUACGUUUCAGGACAAUAAUUUCUUCAAAUUGUGGAAGAAUUGGGUGUGCGUGUCGAUGAAAUAAAAUUGAGAUUUUUAGCGAGCAAAA